UGGCCCCGCCUGGUAGCGACGACAUUGCGCCUGCGCAGAGGCGGCAGCCCGACUGGGUUGACUCCGGGGGCGCGGCGAGGAGAGACAUGAGGCUGAACUGGAUGCUGGCAGUGCUGCCCAUCUGCCUGAGUGCUCUGGCCACAGCUACAGGGCCGGAGGGGAAGCGCAAGCUGCAGAUUGGGGUCAAGAAGAGGGCGGACCACUGUCCCAUCAAGUCCCGAAAGGGGGAUGUCCUGCACAUGCACUACACGGGGAAACUGGAAGAUGGGACCGAGUUUGACAGCAGCCUGCCCCAAAACCAGCCUUUUGUUUUCUCCCUUGGCACUGGCCAGGUCAUCAAGGGUUGGGACCAGGGGCUGCUGGGGAUGUGUGAGGGAGAGAAGCGGAAGCUGGUGAUCCCAUCGGAGCUGGGUAAGGGGCCUGGGGCAGGAUGCGGGGUGGUCAGGAAGGGUGAAGGCUGGUCCAGCCGCUGCAUGGUCUCCAUCCCAGGUGCUCUGCCAUUUGCUUUCUCCUAAGU